AUGGGUGGCUCAGCGAAGGAUGUGCAAUCCAAGAAGGAGCUUGAUAGCGUGGUUCACAGUGGUGCACCCGUUGUUCUGCAGUUCUGGGCCUCGAGUUGUGAGGCUUCGAAGCACAUGGACGAGGUCUUUGCCCACCUCUCUACUGAUUUCCCUCAUGCCCAUUUCUUAAGGGUUGAAGCAGAAGAACAGCCUGAGAUAUUUGGGGCUUAUUCGGUUCGUGAUGUGCCCUACUUUGCCUUUGUGAAGGAUGGAAAGGUCGCUGAUACAUUAGAAGGUGCAGAUCCAUCUAUUUUGGCCAAUAAAGUUGCUAGGGUUGCUGGGUCAGUUAAGCCUGGAGAACAUGAUGCUCCUGCUCCUGCCAGUCUUGAGACAGUCCACGAGUUAACAAAAGAAAAUGGAUCUUCCCAGAAGCAAGAGCAAAUUCAAGCACAAAAUGGCCUUGAUGAUGCCUUGAAAAGGCGGCUGCAACAGCUGAUUGACUCUAAUCCACUCAUGCUUUUCAUGAAAGGAAGCCCUGAGGAGCCCAAAUGUAACGUUAGCCGAAUUGCCAUUGACAUUUUGAAGCGAAAGAAGGUCAAAUUUGGAAGUUUCGAUGUUCUUACGGACAUUGAAGUCAUGGAGGGGAUACAGAGGUAUUCUAACUGGCCAAUAAUACCGCAGAUUUACUACGAAGGGAAGCCCCGUGGUUGGUGUGACAUAGAGAGUUUAAUGCGUCGUAGUGGUGAAUUAGAGGAAGUUCCCAGAGACCAUGGAAUUGAUACAGCUGAUUCUGCUGGGGCGAAGGUAACUGAAGCUGGAAGUGGAAAGAGUGGAAUCUCAGCAUCUACUGUAUCUUCUCACGAGCAGAUGCAAGUUCAAGUGCAAAAUGGCCUUGAUGAUGCCUUGGAAAGGCGGUUGCAGCAACUGAUUGACUCUAAUCCAGUCAUGCUUUUCAUGAAAGGAACCCCUGAGGAGCCCAAAUGUAAAUUGAGCAAAUUGGCCAUUGACAUGUUGAAGGAAAAGAAGAUCAAAUUUGCAAGUUUCGAUGUUCUUUCAGACAAUGAAGUCAUGGAGGGGAUACAGAAGUAUUCCAACUGGCCAACAUUACCGCAGCUUUACAUAGAAGGGAAGGGUAGUGGUUUGCGUCACAUACGAACUUUAAAGUGUGGUUUUCGUGAAUAA